GAUUGAGACUACUUUCUUCUCCCGGGCAUGUAAACAGGGCUGAUAAUAGGAGGUCCAGGAAGAGGCUGUGUGUUGGGGGCAUGGCUACAGUUACAUGACAGGCCUGUGGGCUAAUAGAAACAGUAUAGUGCUGGGAGGGUGGAACCUGUUCUGUGUACAGUGAGAGCACACUGCAUUCCUGCACCCAGAGACCAGCCAGAGGGGCCAGCGUGUUGAAGAGGGACCAUCCUAAGAGCCAACCAGAGGAACCAUCCUGCCAGUCAGCCACAGGGAACAGCCUGUUUCAGAGGGGCCAGACAACCGUGAUCGAUCAUGUGGUUCCUGCUUGUUCUCAUUCCGCUCAAUGUCAGACUGACCAGAACAAUGGAAAGUGAAUGGGUCCAUCUUCCCAAUAAAUGUGAAGUCUGUAAGUACGUUGCUGUGGAGCUGAAAUCUUCCUUUGAUGAGACCUCUCGGACACAUGAAGUGAUAGAUACUCGCUAUGGGUUUUUGGAUGAUAACAAGAAAAAACAAAAGCUCAAGUAUACAAAUUCGGAUAUCCGCCUGAUUGAUGUCACUGAAGGCCUCUGUCAGAGACUGUUGGACUACAACCUUCAUAAAGAACGGACUGGCAGCAAUCGUUUUGCAAAGGGGAUGUCUGAAACUUUCCAAACUUUGCAUCACCUUGUCCAUAAAGGGGUGAAAGUUGUGAUGGAUAUCCCAUAUGAGCUCUGGAAUGAAACAUCCGCUGAAGUUGCUGAUAUGAAGAAGCAGUGUGAUGUCCUGAUGGAGGAAUAUGAAGAUGUAAUUGAAGAUUGGUAUCGAAAACACCAGCAAGAAGACCUUACAGAGUUCCUGUGUGUGAAACACGUCCUGAAGGGUCAGGACCAAAGCUGCCUGGCAGAGAAUUGGAGUGGUAAGAAAGGGGACAAUGCACCGUCAACUGGGAAGAAGAAAACAUCCAAGAAAGGAGAAAAAAAGAAAACCAAGAAGGUAGCAAAAGACGCAAAUUAUAAGAGCUCUGACAGACCGGUCCCGGGAAAGCUGGAAGUGCCUGAGACAGAGAUCCCCCGAAAUAGACUUAGUGAUGAGCUCUGACAUUGACUUACCUCAUACACAGUUGGACUUGUUGAGUGUCUGUUUUCACUCCAGAUAUGUUACUUCUGGGUCCUAUUCCCUAUGUGCUCUCUUUAAAUUAUAACAUGACGCUCAGUCAUUACUCUACAAUUCCAGAGAUUUUCAGGGUAGGAUAAGGGAAAAACAUUAUAUUGGCAAUGAGCCCUUCUUGUCCUGGGAUAUGACUACGGAACCAAGAAUACUCUAUCUAUUUGUUGGCCUGAACUUUUGAUCUAUUUUUAUAUUUUAUUUCUGAUGUCCCGUGUGAGUCAUAAGGACCAAGCUUAUCAUUGUACAGCCAAUGGUGUGUCUUUUUUAUUCACUUUGUGGCUGCCAGCAGGGUCAAUCGUUACCAUCUGCCUGAUUCCUGCCAGUAUUACUAAUUUCACUAUCUCCUAUGUAAUGUUUUUCUGUGACAAAUAGGUCAAACUGGCUUUAAAUACUUCUCUGAUCUGCCAUCGCUCCUCCUGCCCCAAACCACUUGCAUUGCUCAUGUUCCACCUACUUCCCAGAUCCAGUUUCUGCAGGUCUCUGUUCUGGACACAAUAAAAGGCACAACAUAAGAUGAGCGCUAUUCUGUUUGUGUAUUCUUUGUCAACCAAAAUGAUACUCAUGAAAAUAAACAGUUAAAAACUUUAGUCAAAAUACAGGUAGUAUACUUUCUGGGAAUUUGUGUAACGUCAGUCUUUAUCUAUUACCAAAGGAAUAUGGGACUCGGAGAGCAGUGUCAUUAGCGCCUUCCCCUACCUUUCCCUUUUGACGUCCCUCUAGUAUCUGCAGCGUGUAGCUGUUGUAGAGUGUUUCUCCCUGCUGUUAGUCCCAUCUUCUCAGUCCUAGGCAGCUUUUGGACUGGGAGAUGCUGGCGGCUGUGAGUGCUGAUUGCUGUGUGCAGGCUUCCUCCUACUUCACUCUGCGUCCGUUUCUCAGUCCCAGGCUGGAUGCGCUAGUUAUUGUGUGCCGGCUUGCUGCAACUGCUCGGAUCAAAGAGGCUGUUGUUACCUGACUUGUGGAAUGUUACCAGUGCCAGCUUCUGUGUACUAGGCAGCACUGUGCCUGGAAGAUGUUGGCGGCUGUGCAUAUUAUGGGGACGUCACUCCUUAUGCGUGUGGUUCUCACAAUACGUUUCAUACCGUACCAUAUUGUACUUUAUCAAUGUUCUUUUAAUUAUGACUUCUUAGUCCAUUUAUUUCCUUACUUAUUGUAGUCCGUAUCAUUUUGGUUGUAUUUUUACUAAAGUUUUUAACAAAUUAUUGCGGUCAGUAUCAUUUUGGGUUGACAGAGUACACAAACACAAUAGCGCUCAUCUUAAUUCUUACCUUUUAAUCUGACUAAGUUGUUUGACUUGGAGCGGCUUAAAACAACUGCGCAGGUUUUAUACGUACACAUGCAGUAUAUGUGUGUGUGUGUGUGUGUAUGUAUGUAUAUAUAUAUAUAUAUAUAUAUAUAUAUAUAUAUCUAUCCACAGAGAGAGCAGCAUAUCACACUUACUGGAGCAAAAUAUGCAGACGCCAGCUCAAAAAUAAUUUUGUACAGAUAUCCAAAACCACAAAAACCACAAGGGGGCUCAGACUCAGAUUAGACCAGCACACCACUUGCUGAUGAAAAAAUGCUUAACUAUUAAUAUAAUGCUGCUUCAUAUCUGUGCUUCAUGCUUGCAUUUUAAACUUGCACCUAUCAGGCUAUCUAGCUAUCUAUCUAAUCUAUCUUUCUGCUGCGGGGUACACUGGGCUCCACAGGGAAUGACAUUGGGGUGUACAGUAGGAUCUUGAUCCGAGGCACCAACAGGCUCAAAGCUUUGACCUUCUUCCCAAGAUGCAUAGCGCCGCCUCCUCUAUAACCCCGCUUCCGUGCACAGGAGCUCAGUUUUGCAGUUGGUGCCAUGCAGUAAGCAGGCACGUAACAGGGGGCUGCCCUGAGAGAAGCUUUUAAAGAAUAUUGAAGACUUCAAGGGCUGCAGCAGUGACACUGACUGUGUUAGAUGUCAGUCAGAUAUCUCCUGCUGCAGCUCCAUCACCUACCCCAGCGGCGCUGUACACUCCCGCACCCUGGUUGCUGGGUACCUACAGCGGAGGCUACGGUUUUCUUCAAAGUUAGUCACACACAUGACCGCUGUUCUCCCGGAUCGCAUGGCCGCACUCAGGGAGGAGGUAAGAGGUCCCCUCGACGGGACCCGCUGUAAAUCGCGAUCCCGCGCGGCCGGUGGGAGGCGGGCUGCGCGCGCUGGCGUGGACCCUGUGGUAGUACAGGGACACCACUAGACCACCAGGGCAUGGGCACAGGUCGGUUUUCUCUCAUAAAACCGUUUUAUUAAGCCCCCAGUACCCAGUGGUGAAGUCCAGCAGGGGGAUAAGGCUUCGACCUGUAGCCCCUCCCCCAGCCCUAGGGCGCCAUUUAGAAUAAAUGCUCCCCCCGCCCUGGAGCUGCAUAUCUCUUUCCCUCACUCCCGGUCAGCUUUUGGGCGCCAUUAUAGCAAGCAGAGCUGAUCCUGGGACUGUUUGGGCAAAUCCUCCUCUGUAAAGCCGCCUGCCUGUCAGUGCUGUGCAUUUUACAGGACACUUAAGUAUUCUACAUGUCUGCUGACAGUGUUAGUUUAAAAAAAGUGCAUUUAGUCAGGGUUAUUUAGUACAAGUACCCUGUGAUAUACAUCCAGUCUUUACUGUGCAUUGUUAUAUCUAUUAAGUGUGUAGCUAUACAUAGUACUCCUCUGUAUUGCUAGUCCAGUGCAGUUUUAUUGCAUGUCAUAAUUUCUGCAUUGCACAAACUGUGACUCUGUGUGUGUAUAUAGCUGCUGUGUGACCUCCAUUUUGUGUAUCUCACUCAGAUUGCUAUCCCUAUAUUCUAUAACCUGAGGGUGUGUCAGGUUUAUCAUAAUAUAGGCAGUUCACAGGAUAUACUCAGUGUGUAUUUUUCUCUGUGAAACCAUAUGCCUCUUGAAUUCCCUGUUUGUGCUGAUACACUACACAGGUUGUUCUUGUCAGGUAUUGUGCUGCUGAUAUUGUACUGGGUUGCCUUGCAUUGAGCUUUUGAUUAUGUCAGCUACAAAGGGCAACGGAGCUGGGGCUGAUCCUACAUUGCGUGGUGUUGACGCUGCAGACACAUUUGAGGAUAACAUAGCAGCUGAGGGUUCAGGUUCUGGUUGUUCCUUACCCCCCAGUGGGACUGUAGCAAUGGGGGUGCAAAAUUACCCACCUUGGGCUACCUUCUCCACGCUAUUGAAUACGCUGGUAACUAGACUUACGCCCCCUAUGGGACCUCCUGUGCCAGUACAACCGCUUAUGGUCCCCGCGGUUAACCCGCCGUGGGCAGAUCAACUGUCCAAUCAGUUACAGCAAUUGUACCAAUCACUGACUGCUCAAAAGUCUAACCCUCGCCCGCCUAAGACCAAGGGGUCCUCUAAGCGGACAAUUACUUCCUCACAAUCCACCCACGUCCCAGACACCUCGUCUGAUGAGGAUGGUGUUUAUACGGAACCCCACAGAUUCUGAUCCUGAUAUUUCUGAUGGGGAAGUUGUUUCGCAGGUGGAUGUUCCUGACUUGUUAGAGGCUAUCAGGCUCACUCUUCAGGUUGAUGAUGAACCGGAGCCUGACGCUGCCCCUAAGAAACCGGACAGGUUUAAACGUCAGAAGGUGGUUAAACAAGUUUUACCUCACUCUGAACAUUUAGUUGACAUAUGUCAGGAGUCUUGGGAAAUUCCAGGAAAGAAGUUCACGCCUCACAAGUAGAUGCUGGCUCGCUACCCCCUCGCCGCGAAGCUUAGUAAAAAUUGGGAAAUACCCCCGCCAGUGGAUUCGCAAGUGGCGUGGCUGGUAGUAUCCUCAGCUCUGCCUGUAACUACUGUCACGUCCUUGAGAGAGCCGACGGCAAAGCGUGCGGAGGGUUGUUUAAAGGCAAGCCACACCCUAAACGGUGCAGUGCAUAGGCCUACUAUUGCAGCGACAUGGGCUGCAGAAGCUGUGGAAGGGUGGGCUCAGGAACUGGAGGUGGAGUUGCCUUCCAAUGCAUCCAAUCAUGCUAGACCAUGCCCGUCGUAUAUUGUUACCCCGUCUCAUUACAUUAAAGAGGCGGCUUCUGAUGCCAGUAUUCUGACGGCCAAGGCUUCUACUACGUCCAUUUUGGCUCACCGAAUUCUCUGGGUACGGUCCUGGUCUGUGGACAUGGACUCUAAGAAAACCCUGGAGGUACUCCCCUUCAAAGGAGACAUUCUUUUUGGAGAAGACCUCAACAAGAUAGUGGCUGACUUAGCAUCUGCUAAAACAGCAUGUCUUCCUAGUACUGCUCCUUCGGUGUUGAAGGCUAAGAAUACUUCCUUUCGCUCCUUUCGUCCUUCAGGGAAAGCAAAAGGUCAGGCGUACCCAAAACAGGUUCGCUCUUCCAAACCCAAGAAGCCCAAACCCAAACGGGCCUGGGCUGCCCGUCAGCCUGCUUCCAAAACUGACAAGCCUGCUGCAUGACGAGGCGGGCCUCCCUCUGGGGGAUCCCAGAGUAGGGGGCUGACUUCUAGGGUUUACCCAGGAAUGGUUGAAGACCACUUCGGAUGCCUGGGUACGGGAAGUCGUCACUUGAGGUUACGCCGUAUCCUUAAAGAAUCGUCCACCUCAUCGAUUUUGCCUGACAGACGUCCCUUCGGAUCAGGUGAAGGCAAAGACUCUUUAUUCGGUGGUGCAGUCCCUCCUGGACACAGGAGUGGUAGUACAGGUGCCUCCGGCAAGGGGUACUAUUCACCGCUGUUCCUAGUCCCGAAACCGAAUGGGUCUUCCCGGCCCAUUCUCAACCUCAAGUCCUUGAACAAAUUUGUGAAGGUCUCCAAGUUUCGUAUUGAAACUCUUCGCUGUAUUGUUCUGGCCUUGGAGCCUGGGGGCUAUAUGAUCUCACUGGACAUUCAGGAUGCUUACCUGCAUAUUCCCAUUGCAGUGUCACAUCAGCAGUACCUGAGGUUUGCGGUUGGAAACCUCCAUUACCAAUUUCGGGUGUUACCUUUUGGUUUGACAACGGCUCCGCGAGUCUUCACCAAGGCUGUACUCCGCCGUCAAGGGGUCAGGAUCCUACUGUACUUGGACGACUUGUUGAUCCUGGCAAAUUCCCCAGAGAUUCUCCUACGCCAUCUGGAUCUGACUCUGCAGUUUCUGUAAGCCCACGGGCGGCUCAUCAACUGGAAGAAAUCCUCCCUGGUCCCUGCUCAGAGCAUGGUGCACCUGGGGGCGUUGUUGGACACUCACAACCAGCGGUUGUUCUUGUCUCAGGAGAAAGUCCUGAAGCUUCAGGACAGGAUUCGAUGCUUCCGAUCUCGUCCAAAAGUGUUGAUACAUUCGGCAAUGCAGGUACUAGGUCUCAUGGUGUCGGCUUUCGUCAUGGUGGAGUACGCUCAAUUCCAUUUCCACCCUCUCCAAAGGCUGAUUCUUGCCAAGUGGGACGGCCUGCCUCACCGGAUCAGGUCUCAAAUGAUCUCAUUGUCUCCAGAGGUCCGUCUGUCACUGAGCUGGUGGCUUGAGGACCAACAAUUGAGCAGGGGUUGUCCCUUCUGGAUCUCCAACUGGGUCCUUCUGACAAUGGGCGUCAGUCUGAGGGGUUGGGGCGCGGGGUUGGAGCAACACUUCCUUCAGGGUUGGUGGACCAGGGAGGAGUCUCUCCUCCCGAUAAACAUUCUGGAAUUGCGGGCGGUGUUCAACUCAUUGAAUUUGGCCCAGCAUUUAAUACAGAACAGACCUGUUCAAGUACAGUCAGACAACGCCACCAUGGUGGCGUACAUCAAUCAUCAAGGUGGCACUCAAAGUUGCAUGGCAAUGAGGGAAUAAUCACGGAUUCUUCAUUGGGCGGAACACCAUCUGCCAUCCAUAUCGGCAGUGUUUAUUCCGGUGGUCCUAAACUGGGAAGCGGACUUUCUCAGUUGCCAGGAUGUACACGCCGGAGAGUGGAGCUUCCAUCCAGAAGUGUUUCAACUCCUCGUGGACAAGUGGGGCCUUCCAGAUGUGGACCUGAUGGCAUCUCUACACAAUCGCAAGGUUCCGGUCUUCGGAGCAAGGACAAGGGAUCCUCAAGCAGCGUUCGUGAAUGCACUGGCAAUUCCAUGGAACUUUCAGCUGCCAUAUGUGUUCCCUCUGUUGUCACUCCUGCACAGAGUAAUAAGGAAGUUCAAGCAAGAAGAAGGAAUCCUACUUCUGAUCGCUCCAGCAUGGCCGAGACAGCAUUGGUUCUCAAACCUUCAUGGUCUCUUGAUAGAGCGUCCCCUUCUACUUCCGCAGCGCCCUGAUCUCCUUGUUCAGGGCCCCUGUGUAUAUCAGGAUUUAGCCCGAUUGGCUUUGACGGCAUGGCUCUUGAAACUUCCGUCUUAAGGGCCAAAGGAUUUUCUGAGGCGGUCAUUCAAACGAUGUUGAAGGCCCGGAAACCGGCUUCUGCUCGGAUUUAUCUUAGGGCAGGCCUGGCCAACCUGUGGCUCUCCAGAUGUUGUGAAACUACACAUCCCAGCAUGCCUUGCCACAGUUUUAGCAUU